AUGUCCGCUUUUCGCAAAGUUGCCAUCACUGAACCGUUGGUGGAUGUUGUAGAUAAUGCGCAAGUUGUCACUAACAAUUACUGCUUGAAAGAGAAUGAUCUCUAUACUGUGGAAGUCGAAGAUCUGACCUGGAAGUCAUAUUACCAGAUACGCUGCCUUAGAAACGAUUAUAUACAGGAUGCUUUCACUGUGAAGAUAGUCGAAGAAAUGACGGGUUAUUUCUUUGUUGCAUUGAAUGCUAGGAACGAACGCGAUCUCGACUUCAAAAUCAAGAUGGAAUUCCAUCGUGAUGUUUGCGAUUUGGUCGAGGAAAAUAUCUAUACUACGCACUGA